UCGGUAGCCUAUGGGCUCGCUCGCCUCCAGUAGCAAAACCCUAACCAGAGCACCUACCCCGCCGCCGCUACCACCGCUGCCGCCGCCUCCUGCUCCGCCGUGAAUUCACUGCUGAAGAUGGGGAAAGGGAAGAAGGAGAAGAAGCCGCUGGACAUCCUCGCGGGGUCCGACGACGACUCCGACGGCGGCGGGGAGGACAGCUCGAAGAUCCAGAUCAACGAGGAGUAUGCUCGCCGCUUCGAGCAUAACAAGCGGCGGGAAGCGUUGCAGUACUACGAGAAUCUUAAAAAGCAAGGCCUCGCUCCCCCGUCUGACGACGAGAAGGACUACGGGGAGGUGUCAUCCGAAGAGGAUGAGGACGCCAUUGCCUCGCGCACCGUCGACCGCCGCCUGUUCGAGGUGAUCCGCCGUAUCCGCAGCGGUGACCCCGCGAUCCUCGACAAAGACGCCAAGGUUUACUCCUCGGAGGAGGAGGGCGGCGAGAAGAAGGAAGGAGAGUCCAAGAAGAAAAAGAAGGCCAAGAAGGAGAAGCCUUUGUACCUCAAGGACGUUAACGCCCGACACCUGCUCGAGGAGGGCCCCGAGUUCACAGCUCAGACCAGCCGGAGCAGCAGGUACGAUAGGAUCGCCUACGACGAGCAGCAGAAGAAGGGGCUGGAAGCCUUCCUUGAGGCACAGAAGGAGGUUUUAGGUGAUGACGAUGACGAUGAUUUGUUCCAUGAGAAGCCGAAGGCUGGAGCAGCUGCUGAUGAGGAUGAGGAUGAGGAGGAGAAGCAGACGAAGGAGCUAGCUGGUGAGGUUUUUGGGAAGGAUGAGGAGCUGGACGAGAACGAGAAGUUCUUGAAGGAAUUUUUCCUUAAGAGGCCGUACCUUGACUCGGGUAAGAAGUCCUAUCUGGAGGAUAUCCAGGAAUUGUCGGACGAAGAGGAGCUCAAAGAUCAGGAAAAAUAUGAGUAUGUUUACAGUUUCCGGCAUGAGGAGGCUGAGGCAUCAGGGGCAGUGGUGGCAGACCGGGUAAUGGGACAUUCAAGGGUUGUUGAAGGGUCUGUGAGGAAGAAGGAAAGCAGCAGGAAGCAGCAGCGGAAAAGCAAGGAGGAGCGGAUGGCCCGGGCUAAGCAGGAGCAGGCUGAGGAGCUGAAGCAUCUCAAGAAUUUGAAGAAGAAAGAGAUAGCAGAGAAGCUUGAGAGGAUCCGGAUGAUUGCCGGGAUUGAAGGUGAUGCUGCUUGUAAGCUUGGUGCUGAUGACCUUGAGGAGGAUUUUGAUCCAGAGGAUUAUGACAAGAAAAUGCAGGAGAUGUUUGAUGACAGUUACUAUGAGGCUGAUGAUGUUGAUCCUGAGUUUGGAAGUGGUGAGGAGAUGGAUUUGAAGAAGCCAGAUUUUGAUAAAGAAGAUGAAUUGCUUGGGCUUCCUAAGGGCUGGGAUAGUGAAAACUGUAAAGAAGAGUCUUCUGCCACCGAUGGGAAAGCUACAAAAGGGAAGAUCUCUCUCAAGGACAAGGUGGAGCUUGAGAAAGAGAUGGAAGAGUACUACAAGUUGGACUAUGAGGACACUAUUGGAGAUCUGAAGACUCGGUUCAAGUAUAAGAAGGUUAAUCCCAACAGUUUUGGUCUUAGUACCUAUGAGAUAUUGGCAUCAGAUGACAAGGAUCUGAACCAGUACGUUUCCAUGAAGAAGCUAGCUCCUUACAGGGAGAGUGAAUGGAAGAUAACACAUCAUAGGAAGUUGAGCAAGGAUUUGAUCCUUGGUGGACAGAAGAAACAAGGGUCAAAGGGUGGCCUCCCAAUGUGGAAGCAGGUAUCCAUCUCUGACGCGCUGCUCACCAACGAGAUUCUCAUCAUGAGGAGGAUAGUCGAGAACGUCGCGCCACACCCCAACGUUAUCGGCCUUCAUGAUGUGUAUGAGGAUGUGCAUGGAGUGCACCUGAUCCUCGAGCUGUGCUCAGGUGGUGAAUUGUUCGAUAGGAUAGUGGGGCGUGACCGGUACUCGGAAUUUGAUGCGGCAGCUGUAGUUCGUCAGAUUGCGAGAGGCUUGGAGGCUCUUCAUAAGGCAAACAUCAUACACAGGGACUUGAAGCCAGAGAAUUGCCUGUUCUCUGACAAAAAUGAGGAUUCCACAUUGAAGAUCAUGGAUUUUGGUUUGAGUUCUGUUGAAGAUUUCAGUGACCCGAUUGUGACUCUGUUUGGGUCGAUAGAUUAUGUUUCACCAGAAGCUCUCUCAAGGCAAGAUGUUUCAGCUGCAAGUGAUAUGUGGUCUGUUGGGGUAAUACUGUACAUCCUUUUAUCUGGAUGCCCACCAUUUCAUGCUGCAACUAAUCGAGAAAAGCAGCAAAGGAUCCUGCAAGGAGAGUUUAGUUUUCAGGAUCACACGUGGAAAACAAUAUCUUCAUCAGCCAAAGAAUUGAUUUCCAGUCUUCUUUCUGUUGAACCUUACAAGAGGCCAACAGCAAGUGAUCUUCUGAGGCAUCCUUGGGUGAUAGGAGAUUGUGCAAAGCAAGAUCUCAUGGAUGCGGAGGUCGUGUCAAAACUGCAGAGGUUCAAUGCUAGAAGGAAACUGCGGGCAGCCGCAAUAGCCAGCGUCCUUAGCAGCAAGGUGGCAUUGAGGACGAAAAGGCUGAGGAACCUUUUAGGAACCCAUGAUCUUAGCUCAGAGGAGCUAGACAAUCUGCGCGUUCAUUUUGCACGAAUAUGUGCGGAUGGAGAGAACGCCACGCUGGAAGAGUUUGAACAGGUCCUGAAGGCGAUGAAAAUGGACGCGCUGGUUCCGCUGGCGCCUCGCGUGUUCGACUUGUUCGACAACAACCGUGACGGCACCGUGGACAUGAGGGAGAUCCUCUGCGGGCUCUCCAGCCUCAGGAACUCCCGAGGCGACGAUGCUCUCCGGCUCUGCUUCCAGAUGUACGACGCCGACCGGUCAGGCUGCAUCAGCAAGGACGAGCUGGCGUCGAUGCUACGAGCGCUGCCGGAGGACUGCCUCCCCGGGGACAUCACGGAGCCGGGGAAGCUGGACGAGGUGUUCGACGAGAUGGACGCCAACGGCGACGGCAAGGUGACCUUCGACGAGUUCAAGGCGGCGAUGCAGAAGGACAGCUCCCUCCAGGACGUCGUCCUCUCCUCCCUGCGACCGGUGCAGUAGACAAAUCAUCAGGAUUCAUUAAAAUUAUUCAUGGAGAAUAAUAAGUACUUUUUGACGCUGCAUUAACUAUUCUGUCUGAAACUUCUGUAUCCCGGCCGGCCGUAUGCUGGAAACGCGUUCAGACUUGGUCCCAGAUGCCUUGCCGCGUUGGCAGCUGUA